AUGGGAGUGAGUUGAGAUGGCACCCUACAAAUACCCUCAAUUCGAAACUAUAUAUCUCAGCUGCCGAUGAAGAUAUCAAGAAGUUGUCAACUAAUAAAUUGCUAACUGAAACAAUGUGUACAUUUCGUUAGUUGACAACUUCUGGAUAACUCCACCCAGUGAGAUACAUUGAUUCGAACGGGCAUAAUCGAAUUUCAGGGUGGCGAAAGCAAAGAAGUGAAGAACUUGAAAGACGAACAAGCCGCGAACGAUAGAAGAUACGCGAAUGAACAUAACACACAGAUACUGGGUUGGAUAAUAAUAUAGGACAACUCUAUCAUGUUUUAUGUUCAGCGCAUCAGGCGCAAUCAGCAACGAUGGACAAAGAGCUGGCCAGGAGAAAUGAUGCGUUGGACCGUCUGAGGAAAGCGCAGGCUGAAGCUAAUGAGUGAGUGUGAAUUAAGUUAAGCAUAGUUGCACUGAAAUUAUAUUCCUCGCGAUAGUUUCUAAGUCAUGUAACACUGCUUGGAAUUCUGACUGAUAAGAACAUUGUUUACCGCAACACUCUUUCCAACUUCUGCCAAGAUCACUGUUGAAAUUCGUCAUCUUGCUAAUUCUUAAAUUGUUUACACUUUCUUGCCAUCUCGGUCUCUUCCUCACUCUUGCUAACUCUUACAUGACACAUGUCCGGGUUGUUUGUUGUCCAUUGACCGAGAGUUGACCUUCACGGAGAAACGGACAAAAAGUGAAUCGUCGAGUCUUGACUCUGACCUGCGAACGUUUAUGAUAACCGGGGGGGUCUGACCAGGAAAUGUUUAAGAAGUUAUGCUCCAAGAGACGUUUCGCUCUUUCCCUCCAUUCUGCGUCGACCCAUGUAAAACAUCGAUACUUAAGGAAAAACGAAAAUGAGCUACGAGCAACGCGUGCGGAACAAGCCAAACGGGCGGCCGAGCUUCAACGGCAACAAGACUUCGAACUGUCUCAACUGCGGGACGAUUCGGAGGCGGAAAAGCUGCGAGUGCGCGGCGAGUACGCAGCGAAAGCGGAGAAACUGGAAGAGGAGCACAAGGCUGAAGUGGCGAGAGCUCGGAAAGAACAGGAGGAUAUCAGGAAGCAGAGGGACGAGGAAAUUCGGAAGGCGGAGAGCGAACGCGGCGAACUGCAGAAGCGAAAGGCGGAGGAAGUGGCGGAGCACAAGAAGAAGUUGGAGACGAUGGCAGCGAACCAUCGGAAGGAGGUCAACGAGCAGUACGAUCGGAUGCUCCAGCUGACGAACGAGCACACGCAAGCGGCGGUGUACGUAACGUUCUCGACUCUAAAAUGAAAUUGAGAUUUCAGAAAGCGCAUCGCCGAUGAAACCAGCAAACGAAUGGCAAUCGUGGAUGUGGCCCACAAGCAACAUCGGGAAGACACCAUCACUGCCAUCUACCAGAACAUUUACAAAGAGUACAUGGCGAUUCAGAAUCGAGGAGAGAAACUCAAACAGGCCGUCGUCGAUUUUAACAGCGUGUUGGAGGUGAGUUUCAAAGAAAGAGUUCAACGUUUUGGACAAAAAUGCUUUCAGGUGGGAGACGGCGCAACAGAAGUGCCGUACGAGAUCAGAGAGAUGAACAGCGAGUUCGGCACGGAAAGCGCGUUGAUGAACAGACAAGUGAGCAACUUGCGCCAGAGGAUUACCAACUCUUUCGACAUCUCCGAAGAGUUCAAGAAUGCGUUGAUGGUGAGUGAAAUCGGGUUGGGUUUCCGAGAUGCCGACUUCCGGAUUCCGCGUUCCGGGCAUAUUUUUUCAUUCCAAUUUCCGUUUUCCAUGUUUCGGGUCAAGAAUCGAGUGCUGAAUAACUAUUGAAAACAAUGUGAAUAUUUAGGAACCCCUUGAGAAGUACACGAAAUCUUGCAACCAAGUCCAGGGAAUCUCGUACAAAGUUAUCCUCGCUGUACAGGUUGGACAACUGGCCAACUAUUGCAUUUCAACUUUUUGCAGAACAACAAUCUGAAAGCGUUGGAGCCGAUCAGAGAGGCGCUUCAGCCGCAUCAGGAGGCUAUUGAGAGCAUGAUUGCGGAGAUGAACGCUCAAAAGUUGAAAGAACAUGUGGAGGAAACCAUCAAGAAUAUUCAUCAGAAGAGUAUCACCCAAUGACCCGUCUGUUCUUCUUGUCUGCUAUAUUUGUUACGUUGAACUCAUUUAUUAGAACUCCUCGUGUUCCGAUCUAUUUUUAUUCGAUUUCAAACUGGUUAUCCACCAGUAUCAUACUUUAAAAUUUCACCCUUAACAACCCUCCUUCGAGGAUAAAUUGCAGAAGUUAUGAGUGGAAAUCCGCUCUCGGAUGAGUUGGCCUCGAUUGAGUCAAGAUUAACUGAGCUGAAACGUAGGAUCCAAAACGACUUUGUACCUCAACAGGAAUUGAAUUAUCUCUGGGAAGAGAGAUAUCAUCUGGAAGACAGGAAAAAACAGUUGGAGAAAAUUCUGGUAAGUAUACGUGGAACAUUGAAAAUAACUAUUUUCUUUAUUAAUUUAUGGGGCUAUUCAGCAGCAAGAGUACCAAAAAUACGGAAAUUAUUCGGCUGGAGGUAAUGUGCUAACUCUGCAGAAAGAUCCAGGAAUUCUUGGUUCUGUGAUAGGCAAAGUCACUAGCGUGUUCAAGACAAGCGGACCAAGCAAAGAGGUACAUAUCUUCAAUAUUCACUACCAAAAGCUAACAAGCCAAAACAUUUUGAGGAAAUCCAAAGACAACAACGCUUAGAACUGGAUCGAAAAGAUGCUGAGAGUAGGAGAGCGAUACAAGCUGCCGAGCAGGCCGAACUCGACGCCAUUAUUCAGAAGUCGACGGAGCAGUCUCGACAGAGAGUCACGGAAAAUGUGCGGCAAGCAGAUCUGAAACUGCAACGACGUUUGGAUGAUCUGUCGGCCGAGGAAGAGGAACGACGAAGACGGAACCGCGAGGAGGAAGCGAUAAAUCGGCAGAGAGCGGAUGAAGAAGCGAAACGGGAGCAGGAAGCGAGACAGAGAGACCUGAUGGUGAGCAGUGGGGCAUCCGUGCGGGGAAUGGCCAAAAAAACCCCGGUCCAGACUUUUUGAGUUGGUAGCAUAGGGAAUACGUCACUACCAUUGAAAAAUCACAUUUUCCGGGGUCCAAUAAUGAUAAUACCCCUCUCAAGUUUAGUAAAGUUCAGUAGUUUUUUACCUAGAAUAGGAUUGAAACUUGAAAAAUGAACAUUAUUUGUUUGUAAGAGCCCCUAAAAUCGUGCGAGCAAUUCCAUUCUUGGCUUGAAUCGAGUUGCUCACUAACUGCUAUUGUUAACUUAUCUCUUCGUAUAGAAUCAUUGUCCCUAGUAACCUUCGUCUCUAGUACUCUGCCCAAAUACCGGUAGAUUACCUCGAGGACGAAUUUUUUUCAACAGAGCGCAUUUUCAGGAGCGCGAGUUGCGCAACGCCGCUAUCCGUGAAACCCUGGCUCGUAAAGAGCAAGAGGAGCGUCUUCGAACCGAGAACAUGCGCGCCGAACAGCUUCGCAAACUCGACGAAGUCGAUCAGUUGAGACGUACUAAAAUGGAGCAGCACCGACAACACAUUGACGAAUUGAAUGCGCGAAACGCCCGGGAGAAAGAGGAACAAUUGAAGAAGCUGAGAGAUUUGGAGGACGAAAUAAUAAAGAGUCAGGAGGAGGCACGCUCAAAGUUCGAGGAGAUGAACAGAAAGUGUCGCGAGCAGAUGGAAAUUCUGAUGGAGGCGAUGAAGAAGUCCCAGAUGACGAGGACCAUCGAGGCCAACUGGAACAACCGGCUCCAGGCGAUGAAGUCGACGGAGAAGAGAAUCGGUCGCGCGGUGGCCAGGGUGAAAACGCAGCUCGCGGUGGCCAAGUACAAGGAGACGAAUCCGGAGAUUUUGAGAAGAGAGUUUGAUCAGAUGAAGACGGAAUUGUCGGAAGUGAAGAAAAUCAUGGACAGAGAAUCCGACAAUCUUGAGAAGAUGUACGAGUUCUCGGGAAAGCAAUUCGUGUUGGAUAUCGGGGUAGGCCAGAGAACCUGAAGAGUGUUUUCAAUCGGUAUUCUUGCAGGACUCGCUCAGAUCGGUCUCUGUGGCUUGCACCAACUUCUCCCAGUAUCUCGACGCAAUGUACAACUGCUCCUUCACUAAAGAAGAGUCGAAGAAAGUGUACAACGACGUGGAGCUUCAUGAAGAACGAAUCGUGGCUGCCUACAAAGACAUUCCAACUAUAGAAUCACUGAAGGAGAAGCACGCCUCCGGCUGGCAGAGCUCUUCGUCGUCUGCCGUCGGAGCCAUCACCGAUGACGGUCAUGUGCUCGUCAUUGAGGAGAUGGACUAAUUUCAAAUUCAUUUGAACAUUUUGCAUCCGCUUUUUAAAACUAUUUUAUGCUGCUUUUAUUUCAUGUAACCUUUUAGCUUUGAUAAAAUUUCCCAAAUGUGUGUUGCAUAAUGCUUGAAAUGAGGUCAUCUCGUCCGACUCAACUACUUUCCUCUCUUUCUUGUUUGAUUUUUUACUGAUCAAUUUUCAGACUCUCGCCGUCACACGCAAACUCCUCGAAUUACACGUGAGUCGCAAAAUGAACAAACACAUUUUGUUUAUUCCUCAUUGCGUUUCCUUAUCAGUUACGCAUGGCAAAAAUUGAAAAAAAAGCUGAUAAAAUAUAGGAAGAAAUGUGAUGGGGGACCGGAAAAUAAUACUGUCAAUUUCAGCAGACAUCUGCAAAAUGGCCGACCAACCGGAUGGGGAUGAUCGAAUCGGGUUGGAAACGUUUUUCGAAUCGCUAAGACUCCAAAAAGCAGGAAGGGAUCAUGCGGAAGCGCAGAUGAGAACAGCAGCCUAUCAGGUAAUUUAGGUAUACUUUUUAGAGUAUGACGUAUAGGCUGGAAAUGAGACCCGCUCACGAGUAAACAACAUUCACAGGCCCUUGCCGGACACGUCAAUCAGGCGCGCGAAGAGGCCCAGGAAUCGGCGAACAGGUUGAAAAACUUGGAAAAUGAUCAGGAAGCGGAUCGGCAAAAUCUUCGCAUCGCCGAAAUCGGUUCGAUAUCCCGUGCUUGCCAUCAUAUUCAAUCAUUCUCCAGAAUUCUCCUGGCAGUUCAAUGAGGACGGCGGACAGGCGAGAGCUCUCUGCGACGCCCGUACUUUGUCACCCAAAAAGGCGCUGGAACCUUUGUUCAAAAGCAUAAAACAAGACGUUUCGAUGAUCCCUCGACGCUUUAAGCAAGUUUACGACUCGGUAAACGAUAAUGCUCUUUCGGUGCAAACGACGCGUUACUUUCAGGUCAACCAUGCCGUCAAAAUCAAGAGCGCGGAAGCUGCCAAAGAAAUUGAGCAUUUUGUAAGCAACGAAUCUCGCUGACUACUAAGCCUUCUCGAGAUUUUCAACAUUUCAGGACGCUCUCUCGAACAUAGAGAACCUGUUAAUAGCGAUAAUCAAUAAUGCAAUGGCAAUUGCAAAGUUUGGGCCGUUCGACGAGAAAAACGACGAACGAAUUGUUCGUUUUCUGAUGAUUCUCAAUCGUUUCUCUUUCCGAUUUGCAGGAGUGUUUCCAGACUAUGAAACAGAAUGUAAUGGGCGUUCUGGACGACACUGAACAACUGGGAAACAUGUGGAAUGCCGGAAAUGCGGAUGCGGCCUGGCUGAAAUCACUGUGGGAUCAGAUGCAGACCACGAAGAAGAACGUGGAUGCGCUCGUCGAAACGUGGAAAAAAUGCCCUCUUUUGAGCGCUUAA